GAGUACUAUGCUAAACAAAGGUUAUGCCACACGCAUGACUUUUAUGCAUCUAAUCAAAAUUCGGUUCUUUUUAUCCUGGCAUUUGACAUUUUGUGCAUUGUAGCAAUCUGUCAGCCACCUGCUAAGUGACAUAAAUAGUGACUAGACAAUGUUAAAUUUAUUCCCUGUUUAAAGAAUUGAAUCAAAAAUGGAUUGGGUAAUAUCAGACGAAUUAUCUUUAACUGUAGGAACAGUUGUUGGCUGGGUAAGUGCAGGAGCUAUGAUUAUAGGUGGUGUCAUCCCUUACAUACCCCAAUACAGACAGAUACGAAAAACAAAAGAUGCAGAGGGAUUCUCUUUGUUAGUGUGUCUCGCACUUCUAAUAGCUAAUACGUUAAGAAUAAUGUUCUGGUUUGGAAGGCAUUUUGAAUAUCCUCUUUUGAUUCAGAGCGUAAUAAUGAAUUUCACUAUGUUUCUCAUGAUUCAUUUGUGCGUUAGGGUAAGAAAUAGAAAUCAGUUACUUCAGGCUAGGCAAAGGAUUUUCACAGCAAAACCUCAGGAAGUACAGAGAUUGCUUAAUUCAAAACCUCGUAGUUCCUCGUGCAGUAUAAGUGAUUUUGAUGCCAAGUACUUUUGGAAUUGGUCAGAUUUUCAAUCGUAUCUGGAUUGUAUGUUGAUUUUCACGAUUGCUACGUCAUUAUUGAUGUACAUAUUCAUAGAUUAUUUAAUAUUUGUCGAAACCGUUGGAUUUUUGGCGUUGUUCACCGAGGCUAUGUUAGGAAUGCCUCAAUUAAUUAAAAAUUAUAGAAAUAAAUCGACGGAAGGGAUGAGCAUCAGUAUGGUGGUGAUGUGGACUUGCGGAGACAUAUUUAAAACUUCGUAUUUUUUAUUGCGCGACGCUCCGUUGCAAUUUUGGAUAUGCGGUUCGGUGCAAGUAACGGUAGACUUACUGAUAUUACUUCAAGUUUUCAUUUACCGCGGUAAUAUCGAUCCACCGCGACCGACGCCGCAUCGGAUCGAUUGAGUAGUUAUCAUAUGGACGCAGGGCGAGAAAAUCAACAAAGAAAUCAACAAUCCCGCAGUAGCGGGCAUCAUUAACGAUAAUAAAAUCGAUAAAAAAGUUAACGGCGACACCGAACUAAGUGAAUCGGUAAAUAACAGCGACUCUAGUGCCGAUACGGGUAUCAAUACCGCCGAGGAAAAAUUUAAUUGUACCGCUAACGUCGAGGUGCAUAAAGAACAUUUUUAUUCUAAUUCUAGUAAGGCUGUUAGUAGAGAUAGUAUUGUAGAUAUUGUUAAUAACGUAGAGAGAUUGGGGGUGAACGGUGUUAUGAAACGCGUCUCUUAUAAAGAACGCGCUAAAAAUAAAGUCAACAAACUUAUCCACAGGCAUACGUUAUGACGUUUACCUAUUUCCGGAACAAAAAUUUCGUUUUAUUAUUCUGGCUUCCUUUCGCUAAUUGCGUUCUUCCUAAUAUAAAAAAGCGAUAAUUUGAGUUUGUGCUUUUAUCUUGGAUUGGAAAAUUAAAUGUAAAAAGGGGGAAACACACGUAACGGCACCGCAAGUCGUCUAAACUAUGUCGAACAUUUGAUAUAAAUCUUUUUAAUGACAUCGAUAGCGUUGAAAUUGUUGUUUCCUAAAGCGACAAUUUGAUUUUGGGGUGGCAUCUGGUAAGGAAAUUUGACGUGUAAAGGCGGAAACACACGUAACCGGAACGUAAAUUGACGCCACAACAAGAAAAUUUGAAAUCAGUCUCAAAAUUGUUUUCAAAAUCGACAAUUGAAAUUUUUUGGUCGAAUCUUUAAUGGAAAUUUUAUAUUUAAAGGCGGAAUCACACAUAACCGGACCGUAAAUUGACGACACAACAAGAAAAUUUGAAAUAAGUCUCAAAAUUGGAUCAAAAAGUCUUAACAUUUUGUUUGGUGUUAUCGAUUCGAUCAAAAUUAUUCCCCAAAUCGAUUUUUUUGAGAUGGUGCUUCAAUCUUAGAUAAAAAUUUAAUCUAUAAAGGGGGCUUCACACGUGACGGCACGCGAAAUUUGAAAUAAGUAGUUAAAUUGUUCCCAAAAUCGACAAUUGGAAUUUUUUUGGGAGAAUCUGGGAUGAAAAUUGAAGGUUUAAAGGGGAAAAACACGUAAUUUGAGUUGUUCGUUGACUCUGGAUGGAAAUUAAAUGUAUAGAAGUGGAAACACGUGAGUGGAUUGCAAAUCGACGGUACUACAUGAAAAUUUAAAAUUAAUCUCAAAAUUUUCAUUUCAAUCACAGAUGUCGUCAAAAUUUUUGUUUUCUAAAGCAAAAAUUUGAAUUUGUCGUUGACUAUGGGAUAAAAAUUAAACAUAUAAAGGUGGAAACACACGUAACCGAACAGUAAAUCGACGGUACUACGGAGAAAUUCGCAUGAAUAUCAAAAUUUUCUUUGAAAUCAUCAAUUGGAUCAAAAGCAACCAUUGAAGUUUGUGAUUUAUUUUGGGAUCGAAAUUGAUCGUGUAAAGGUUGAAACACACGUAACAGUACCAAAAAUUCGAAAUAAAUCUCAAAAUUUUCCUUGAUAUCUUCGAUAGGAAAAUUAUUGAUAAUGUUCGUUUAGGUAGUACGUUAUAAUCAUAAAAAUUAACCGUCCGGUUUGCAAUUUACUAGCCGCGCGGUACCGUGACGUGUGACUGUGUCUUAAUUCCUUCAACGAUAUUAAAUCAUUACCGAGAAGUUGUCUGCAUUAUAUUUCAUCGUAACUAUGAAGUUUUCCUAAUUUUUGAUGCUACUCAAAUUGUGCCAUAACUAAAACUGUUUUUCCAUGGCAUUCCGAUUUACUAACGUUUAUAUUAACGGUCUCCAAUUCACUAACCGCGCGGUGUCGUUACGUGUAUAAGGGUCCUAAGUCACAAAAGUAAUUGUCGAUACAGUCGUAUCUUUUCUUCAGGAAUAUUAAAUUCAUAUUCUACUGAACAAAAAAAAUAAUUAACAAUGUAUUUUUCUUCAAUUAAUAAUAGUUUUAAAAUGCCUGCACAUGCACGUCAUCGUCACUGUUUGGUUUGAAAUUUACUCGCCGCGCGGUGCCGUGACGUGUGACUGGGUCUUAACUCCUUCAACUUCGAACUUCUGAUCGCUUUAAAAAUUCUUGAGUAUUGUUAGCUGAAUAGAUUUAAGGCAAUAAGGUUCUUCAGCCUCUUAUUAAGCAAUAUAAUCAACUAUUUGUUUGUUUUUUCUUUUCAAUUUAAGAUAAACCAACCCUAAGUCGUGUGUAUAUAAAUAUGAAAACAGGUUGUAUCUACAGGGUAUUCUUUAUAAGUUCCAAAGUUGGCGAUUAUGUUUUUUUUUUAAUGUAGUUGUUAUUUUUGUUUUAAAAAAUAAAAUAUUGAAUAUGCUAAACUUAAUAUCUUUAAAAAAAAUUUAUAUUUCAUCUGUUUGAAAAUAAUACUUUCAAUAUUUAAAAAUAAAUAUUUUUUUUGAUCA